AUUGGCCAGGACAAUGUACGUCAUCAGUAAGGAUCUGACGUUGAGGUGCAUCGGACGUAAACAUGGAGGAAAGAGAAGCGCUGAAGAGGCAGAUUGAACUUCUACAAGAUCUUAUCAAUAAGCAUAAGAGCGUCCAUGGAGAUGCACCUGUUGCUGCAGCAGAGCGGAGGCAGCCUGAGGUUUCUGCAACAGCCAGAGGUUUCAGCACGUCUGCUGUCCAUCCUCACAUCUCCAGAGGGAGGCCGUACACUCCUCAGAGCCGUGGAAGUUGGAGGAAGACAUACUCUCUGAGGAACAACUGCCCCCAGUCGACAAUACCAGUACCCUCAGCCGUUCCCUCCACUUCCCUUCAUCCAGUUACCUCCCAGUAUGGAACUAGCAGCAUCUCUGCAACAAUCAGCAGCACAGGGCGUGAAUCUAACUCCAAAGCUGCUACUUCUUUGUCAGGGAAUCUUACGCAGAAGAAAGCGGGAAUGACAGUCAGGAAAACUGGAGUGAGUGGAGCAGCAGCAGAACGAUUGAACACACUUUCUGAAUGGCACGGUUCAAGUUCAGGUAGCACCAAUAUCCAGCCAGAUGCACAAAAGGCUGAAAACAGGCUCGUCAUUCUGCCAGCACAGAAAACUGAAGCUUCAUUCAAGGCUCCCGCUUCUGUUAAUGCCAACAAGUUAACAAGUUCUCAGAGCAAGAUUCAAAUACAGAACAAACUUUCCCUGAACAAGAAAACCGGCCCAGAAACUUGCAAGACUACUAAUUCUCCAACCUUACCUUCUCUUUCCAAAGAAUCAAAACAUUCACCACAGACCCUCCAUGGCCAGGUUAAUGCACCAUUUCUAAAAAAAUCCAAGUUCACCUGGGUGAAGAGUCAGAGUGUGAGCUUGGAGCCCAAAGCAGCCGGCUCUGUUUCCGUACCGAUGAGCAGAGUCACAGCUUCUCAGACGUCUGUCCUCAAAGCUGCAGCAACUGCUGGGAGUCCGUUAUCAGGUGGAUCAAGUAAGAAAACGCCUCCCAGGAAGUUUCCUCGAAAGCUCAGUCCUGUCAYCGUCGCCCCCAAGACUUCAAAGUACAGAUGGGUUUCUUCCUCAGGAGUCCAAACUAAGAACCAGCGCAAGCCUUUGUCUCCCAAAGCCCUGAUUAAUCCUCAGAGAGAUGUUGCCAAGAAACUCAAACCAGCCUCCACGCCCUCUGGAAAGCCGAAGAGGGGAAUCACAGCUUCUUCUGCCAGCUCAACACACAUGAGCCGUUACCGUUGGAAGGCCGGAAGUCAGACUGCAGCCGGGUCGGUGACAGGAACUACACCGGUGGCUCGUCGUAGGUCCGCCUUCCACUGGACAGCGGAGAAAAGCAGCAAAGGGCUGAAAACGGGACAUUCUUCUCCAACUGUCCCUCAGAGGGCGUACCUUCGCUCUUCCUCCCCUGCUGGGUUUAAGCUCCGCAGCAGAAUGAAAAUUAUCAGGAAGUCCAGCAGUGUCGCUGUGUCAGAGAAGGCGAGCAGUCCAGCUACAGGAAAGUUUCCCCUGCGUAGUCGAAUGUACUCCUUCACCAGGAGUCCUGCUGGAGUUCGGAGGACGCCUUCCAGGGAACUGGUCUGCUUUGGCAGACACAAGUUGAGGCGUCUCUCCCCGACCUCGUCAAAAACAAAUGCCGUCUCCACAUCCCAUCUAAGCCCUGCCUCCAAGCGGGUGUUUAGGACCCGCUACAAAAUGGUGACCCGUCCGGGUACAAGUCCUGCACACACCCCGCACUACAACACAGCGCUCUCCUGGCGAGCCAGGAAGAUCCAGUCAGCCAGGACUUUCCUUCAGAACCGCCUACGAUCUCCUCACGACAGGCACCAACCAUCCAGCCGGCGCUGGAUGGGGAUGGAGAUGUGCUGGAUCCGAGGCUCGCUGUACCGGGUGUCUGCCAAUAAGCUGUCCCGCACAGUGGCAUUACAAACGUCGAUCGACCGGAGAGGAAAGUCCUCCAGUGCGUACACGUCUCCGGCCCUGGCCCGUCAUUUAGCCAGUCGUGCAGUCCAGCGGAGCAUUGCCAUCAUCAGACACGCUCGUCAGAAAAAGCAACAAAAGCAGUACUGCAUGUAUUACAACCGCUUCGGCAAGUGUAACCGUGGCACAAGCUGUCCCUUCAUACAUGAUCCGGACAAAGUGGCUGUCUGCACAAGAUUUCUCAGAGGGACAUGCAAGCAGGCAGAUGGCACCUGCCCAUUCUCCCAUAAGGUUGCCAAAGAGAAGAUGCCGGUGUGUUCCUACUUCCUGAAGGGCAUCUGUAACAACAGCGACUGUCCCUACAGCCACGUUUAUGUGUCUCGUAAAGCUGAAGUGUGUGAUGACUUUGUCAAAGGCUACUGUCCAGAAGGAGAAAAGUGUAAGAAGAAACACACUCUGGUGUGUCCAGACUUCUCUAAGACCGGCUCCUGUCCACGAGGCUCUCGCUGCAAGCUGCAGCACCGCCAGCGGGUCAAGCGCAGCGCCAGCAGCACUUCCACCAUUCCAGUCAAGAACAGUCGCUCUAAAGAGCCUACGAAGAGGCCUCAUCUCUCCGUCGUCAUGCCGGAGAACACUCAGGCAGCUCCAGGAACACCUAUUGCGGGUCCUCUGGCUCUACCAUCCUUCAUCUCUCUGUCCAGCUCCCCAGAGGAGGCAGAUGCACCGGAUUCACCUCAGGCUGACACAACACAAGUCAAAGAGAGAAAGCUGCAGAUCAAACCUCGACUGAGAGACCAGAGAGACUGAAGCUGGAAAUAUCUGACUGAUCUGGGAUUUUUUGAGCCCCAGUCCCUUUUUGCUCAGGGCCCCAAAAUUUUAUCUUCUUUGUGUAAACAUAUUUUUUCAUUAAUGAAUGUUUGUAGUCGACGUUUUUUGCCCCUCGGUGUAUGUUUUAAAUAAAGGGAAAUAAAGCAUUGAACUUCA